AUGGAAUCUCCUGCCAAUAUGGAAUCUUCUGUCAAUAUGGUAAAAUCUACUGCUUCAUCUCCAAUGAAUCCAUCUGAUGAUUCAUCAAGCCCUUACUAUCUGCAUCCCAGUGACAACCCUCGAGCUCUUCUUGUUUCUAAAAUUUUCAAUGGUGCGAAUUAUGUUGCUUGGAGUAGAUUGAUCUCGAUUGCUCUUACUGUAAAGAACAUGCUUGCCUUUGUUGAUGGAAGUCUGCCUCAACCCAGUCUUGACAAUGCUAAACUUCAUGUUGCUUGGCUGCGAGCAAACAACCUUGUUUUAUCUUGGUUGAUGAAUUCAAUUGCAAAAGAGAUUCGGGGAAGUCUUCUCUAUUUCAAUAAUGCCUUUGAUACUUGGGAUGAACUAAAGGUUAGGUACCUUCGAAGUGAUGGCCCAAGAGUUUUUACAUUAGAGAAAUCUUUAAGCUCUAUUUCUCAAGGUUCAAACUCAAUCACAGAAUAUUUUAGUGAUUUCAAAACUUUAUGGGAUGAAUUCAUUAGCUAUCGCCCCCUUCCUAAAUGUGCUUGUGGAAUCAUGAAUACUUGUACUUGUGCCAUCUUAAAGAAUCUUGCUGAUCGCCAACAAGCUGACUAUGUGAUGAAGUUCUUGGUUGGUUUACAUGACUCUUAUUCAGCCAUUCGAAGUCAACUACUUCUUUCUCCUUUACCAUCAAUGGGGAAGGUCUUUUCUUUAUUGUUGCAAGAAGAAAGUCAAAGAUCUUUAACAAAUGCAGUAGGGCUUCCUCUUGAUUCUCAUGCUAUGGCCGCUGCACAACCACCCAGACAGAUCUUUUCCAAUGUCUCUAAGUUCAGCAAACUCAAAGGAAAACCUAAUGUUACUUGUUCCCAUUGUGGAUUCUCUGGACACCUUGCUGACAAGUGUUUUCAGAUCAUAGGUUAUCCACCAGGGUGGAAAGGCCCUCGAGGAAAAAGAUUCAAUUCAACUCGAUUGCCCAAUGCAAACAGUGCAUCUUCUUUGGAGCAAAACUCAAACAUCCCAAACAUACCUUUUUCUCAAGAGCAAAUACAGAAUCUCAUCACUCUUUCUAAUAGCUUGUCUACUUCACCUAUUAAUCUUAAUCAUGCAGUCAAUACUGUCUCCACAUCAGGAUCUCAACAAAUGGAAGAUGAUUAG